AUGCCCGUUCUCAAGCCCCUUUUGGGCGAAGGCGAUGCGCCGCAGCAAUACAAGCAACCCUCCAGAAAGGGCAAGAAAGCGUGGCGGAAGAACGUCGACGUUACCGAGGUGCAGGACGGUCUCGAUGAGCUGAACAAGCAAAUAAUUACGGGUGGUGUCGUCGCAGAGAAGGACUCGGCCGACCUCUUCACCCUCGACACGGUUGGCAAGAUCGAGAAGCGCCCUAGACCCAAGAAGACUCUCAAGUCAGAAGAGAUCAUCGCCGCCCGCUCCUCCGUUCCCGCCGUAUCCUCCCGUAAGAAGCGCGAAAACGAAAGCUCCAAGACGGCCAAUGGCCUCCUCCCCGUAAAGCGUCAGCGCACCGACUGGGUCUCGCACAAGGAGCUCGACCGUCUGCGCAGGGUUGCCGACGGGCAAGAAGAUUCGAGCAUCGUCCCCCAGGAAGCUACGUACGAUCUCUGGGGUGCCGGCGCGCCUGCCCUCGUAGCGGCGGCAAAGGCAGAUCCCGGCACCACCAAGGAGGACAACUUCAUCCCGCCCGUGGUGAAAGCUAAGCCCCCAAAGACACUCAAGCACAAGCCGCUCUCCCUUGUCGCGAGCGGCAAGCAGAUCCCGGCGGUUCUGAAGCCGACGGGCGGCUACUCGUACAACCCGACGUUUGACGACUACGCCGAAAGACUUGAAGAGGAGAGCGCCAAGGCCGUGGCAGCGGAGGAAACCCGUCUGGCCGCCGAGGAGGCUGAGCGCGUCAAGCGCGAAGCCAUCGCCCGGUCCGCAGCUGAAGCCGAGGCCGCCGAGGCCCGCGCACAGCUGUCCGAGUGGGACGAAGACUCGGCCUGGGAAGGGUUCGAGAGCGGCGUCGACGACGACAAGCCGUCCCUGAAGCGGCCGCAGCGCAAGACGCCCCAGCAGAGGAACCGUAUCAAGCGUCGCAAGGAGGCCGAACGCGAGGCCAAGCAUCAGCUGGCGAUGAAGAAGAAGGCAGCCCAGGCGGAGCAGAUUAAACAAAUUGCUGCAGAGAUCGCGGAGCGGGAGGCCUCCAAGAACGCGCUGGCUUUGGCGAAGGAGCUCGGUGAGGGCAGUGACGCGGAUGAUGACGAGGUCGUCGACGAGGGCCGGUUGAGGAGACGACAGCUUGGCAAGAUGAAGCUGCCGGAGAAGGAUCUGGAGCUAGUGCUCCCCGACGAACUCCAGGACUCGCUACGGUUGUUGAGGCCGGAGGGAAACUUGCUCAAGGACCGUUACCGCAGCCUGCUUGUCCGCGGGAGAGUCGAGGCCAGGAGACAUAUCCCCUUCAAGAAGCAAGCCAGGACAAAGCUUACGGAGAAGUGGUCCUACAAGGACUUCAGAAUUUAA